AUGGAGGAUGCCUUCCCUCAAGAAGCGCGCGCCUUUGACCGGCUGCCCCCCUCUGUAAUUGAGAACAUUCUUUAUGCCGUAGAUGCCAACACUUUUGCUUCUCUCGCACUCCUGAGCCAGAAAUGGAGGCAAGUAUCAGAGUCUAAAGCACUCUAUGCCCACCACUUAUCACAAUGUCCAUCAUUUCUUUGGUCACGCGCGGUUCUCGCCCCACCAACCGAGGCCGACGAGCUAUCGAGUCUCAAACGUCAGUUCGUUGAAGAGAUCCGUAGAAAUGCCUUUGAUGUGUUUCUGCGCCCUCGUAAAACUCUGGUACGCUUGAUUUCGAGCUCCAUGAGCUCUUCUACGGCUUUUCCACAGGGCGAAGUCUUUCGCUUUUCGUUCUCGGCCAAUGGCCACAUGGCUCUUUGUAUCAGCUCAUCUCGAAUUGUUGUACUGGAAGUAGCAGCAGACCCAGUAUCUGUCAAACAUGAACUACAGACUCGUCGGAGGCCUUUAGGUGCUACCAUCUUGGAUGACGGGUCCUUGCUUGCAGUCGUUUCGGAGUCCUAUAAGGUCAAUAUAUACAAGCUCACCAACAAUGAAGCAAAGCGAAUUCAGACUAUCACGUUGAAUGAUGCCCCCCGUGACUUGAUUUUCUCACCCACUGGUAGUGUGUUGGCCCUUUCCUUUGAAGAUAACAUUGAGGUACAUGCCAUUGGAGAGGAAACACUUGCAACUGAGCGUCGCGCAGCAAGAUGCACUCGCGUUGACGCACUCCAAUUUACACCAGAUGGCUCAAUGGUACUUGGGUCUUCGGUAGAUCACGAGAUAGACGGCAUUGUCACUAUUACUGCUCCCUUCUAUACUGAGACUGGAACCGAUGCAUCACCUGAAGAAGUUCAGAUGCGAAUGUGGACAACCCAAAUUCUCUUUCCUGAACUGGCCCGUGGGUUCACUCACGCCUGCUUGAUUUCAGAGCAUUAUGAAGGAGACGAUAGCUGGAUUCUCGGGUAUGAUAUUCAGCUGGCAGCCUUCCGAGCAAUUCAGGUCAACCGCAUGGACGCAGGCGGUGUUUACUUUUCAAGCCCGUUCUUGACGGAUGAGUCCAGAGAAAUGAUGCCUACUAUGUUUCCAUCCAUCGAUGAAGCCGGUGAACUUGCGGCAUUGGGAUUUCAAGAUUCGGAAGUAUGGUUGUACGGAUUACCGAAGCGCCUCGAUGUGGUUCCAACAAACACAGCUCCGGAGUCAACCCAGAACACAACUACGCGCUUUGGUGGUGUGCACCAUUGCGCAGGCUCUGAGAUGCCUCGUGAUAAUCUAGCACAACUCGAUAAAAUAAUUCAACAGUCUAAACUCCUCGUCCGUGGUCGACGGGUAACCGAUCUGCAGGGUAUCACAUCAACUCGUUGGGUACAUUCAGCAAGUUCAAUCAAACCAUGGCGGCGUCUUGUUUCCGUGGCUCCUGGCGGUGUCCGACCUCAAUUAUUUGGGGAAGAGGAUGUACCUGUGGAUGGUGGGAGAGUCCUCAUUCUAGAUUUUGAAAGAUCAACUACAAAUGGCGAAGAAUUUGAGCUCGAUAUUGAAGUUGGCGAGACGCCGCCGAAGAUGUUGCAGGAACCGGAUUCUUCCCUAGACACAGAAGUCGAACUACAGAGAAGACGUACUCGGUUAGUCCGUCAUGAUACAGAUGCUACAGUUGCUGGUCUUCGUACUCGGCAAUCGACGAGAGUUCCUUCUAUUCCAGUUCUUGAUCCUCAACGACACGAUAGUUUGAUACCUGCUACCACCGGAUCUGGACCGAACUCCAAUGGUGUCGUUGACAUUCCAUAUGAUAAUACUCAACCUCGUUCUCAAGAAGUACUUCAUCGUGCCGCCACAGCUGCGGCAUCAACCCGAGGACGUUAUGAUCCACGUUAUCGCAGCACGCCUAGCGGUCGCUAUGUUCCUCACGAAAGCGAUGCAGACAACUGGGUUCCACCGCCUCCACCUUACCAACGCGAGCCUGACGGCCCCUUACCAGAUCACCUGCGACAAACCCUUAUGCCAAAUGUAUCCGGGGCAGGCGAUUUUCCUAAUCGACCUUCAUCUCAAAACUUCUUGCAGCUACCUUCCAGUCCGGUCCAAAGGGCUCAAACAGCUCGUGUCCCACGAACAAACCCAUCAGAUCGACCCCGGCCUCAAUCUGCCAUAAUUCAAAGGCUAGGAACCAUUACUGGUAAUUUACGCGCUGGAAGAGCUAGAAGAGAUUCUUCAGCUGCCGGUGACGCCUUGGGACAGGAGUCUCUUGAUAUACCCCCGGUCCCGGCGAUCCCAGCAGCUCAGGCAGCAACAGCUUUACCUCCUCUGCCGGCGCACUUGGUAGCAGCUCGUCCAAGCACGGCAUCUCCCGUGGUUCCAAUCACCACAGGCCAUAUCCCUUUCUUGCAACCGCUUCCGACUUUGACUGUGCAGCCUGCACAGCCGCGCCAGCAAGCUGAUCCUCCCAUCCCUCCUCUGGGGGCAACACUUCUUGGGGAAAAUUACUUCUCCUAUGCCUCCUCAUCUCCGAACCUCUUGCAUAUCCCACAGCCACAUGGAAACGCGUUAGACUUGUCCGCCGAAGACGAAGAAAUCCCCGCGAGGCAAAGAUCGUUCCGAAGGCGAGUCUCUACUGAGCCAACGAGUUUACCACCGCCAGAGAAUGAAGAAUGGCGGAGGCGCAUUGAAGAUUGGAAUGAGCACACUAUUCGAGAACGUGGUCGAAAACGAAAAAAUAAGUGCCUUGUCAUGUAG